GUUGUUUAAGUAGUGUAACAAAAGUUCAAAGGUCAUUUUCGUCUGCUAAAGGAAGUCAGGAAAGGGCACCUGUUUUUACGUAAAUCAGCUGAUUUUGUCCGGUUACAAAGUGGUGCAGUCUCAACAUCUUACAGAUAUGUCGGAGUAUUUGAAGCCUGCUGCAGCCAUCGCACUGCCCUAUGUAGGGGCAGCCUUUGGUUCCCUAAUCUCAAGGAGAAAUAUUUCAACUUGGUAUGAGAAUAUCAAGCGCCCCUCUUGGAGGCCCCCUAACUAUCUAUUUGGACCGGUGUGGACUGCUCUGUAUGGAGGUAUGGGGUAUGCUUCCUAUCUGGUGUGGAAGGAUGGAGGAGGGUUCCAGGGGGAUGCAGCCUUACCCCUGGCUUUGUACGGCACACAGCUAGCCCUCAACUGGGCAUGGACGCCCAUCUUCUUUGGAGCCCACAGGCUGGGGCUGGCUACCAUAGAGAUUGGAUGUCUAUGGGGGACCAUUGUAGCCACAAUCUUCGCAUUCCGUGAGGUUAACAGAACAGCGGCCUACAUCAUGGUCCCGUACCUGGGCUGGGUGACCUUCGCCUCAGUACUGAACUUCAAAAUUUGGAGAAUGAACAAAGAGGAUAAAGAUACAAAGACAUCAUAGAGACAAACAAAUUUAGCUAUUGUUAUAAUGUAGAAAAACUAGUCACGAUGGCAUUUUUAGAGAGAAGUUUAUGUUUAGAUUUGCUUCUGAAGUACUUAAUGAGAGGGCUAAAAUGGGCUGAGCCUGCUGCCAAAUCCCAUUCGCUUCUAGAUCUGUGAAUAAAAUAUUGUUUAAAUUUAAAUUUAAGUACAUACAUGUGUAUAGAAAAUUAGGCCAUCUUUAAAAAUUUUAAAACUUAUAUUUCUUUGCCUUCUCUUGACACAGGAUAAAAAAUUGGUCAGCAUGUCAGUGGGAAAAUUUUUUCUUCCAGAAAUUUUCUACAUCAACACUGAAUUUUUAAAACCAUAAAAAUUUAAAGGCAUUUAUAAAUUAGAACAGUUGUUGUAAGGAUGGGAAAAUUAUUGUAUGAAUAAAAAUAAUCAUUUCCUGAAGGAUUAAAAGUUUUGAUACAUGGCUUUUCACUUGAUUUGCAUAAAUCUGAUCUUCAAACCAC